AUGCUUGGGUGGACGAAAACCGCCAGGCCAUCUUCGUCACGGCAGCUGAGGGGCCCCAGUCAGGCCGUUUUGGUCUUCGGCAUCUUCGUAUAUCAGAGGUUUGCCCGUGACAGGGACCAGAAGUUGCUGUCUUUUUUGGUCCAGCUGGCGCUACGAAGGGCGGGAAAGUCCGAGGCACUGCGAGUUCUGCUGCACUGCAGAGCCCUCAACGAGCCCCAAGCGGCGCAGAUCUGGGAAUCCUGCAUCUACACAGCGGAGGAGGAGAGCGAUUUUGUGCGAGACCACUUCGGCCCCGCCCUCGAGGCCGCUGAUCCCAGCAGGGUGAAGAUUAUCAUCUGGGAUCACAACCGUGAUGGCAUGCAGUCUUGUUCGGGCGACCGAAGAGCUCAAAGCUUUAUCACACCACGCGUUCUCGGUCAGGGCAGAGGACGAGGGCAUCGUGGCCAAGAUCUCCGACAAGGUCGCCACGCUCGGUGGGGUUUCACUGGACUUGAUGUGUUGCGUGGCACAUGGUCGCCCUUCAAGACGGUACUCAACGCCAAGCAGGCCUCCUAG